CAAGGGGAUAAACUGUGACCAACAUUUAGAAACAUAUGAAGAGCUGAAAUAUUCAGAAACCUUGUCAUCAUCCUCUAAAUGGGCCACCAUUAUCUCAUUACGCAGUUUUAUAGCAAACGUUAAAGAUUAGCAGGGUUACAUAAUGUAUGCAGGGCGGCUGAUAAUCCACUGCUGCUUUAACUGUUUUAUGUCACCUACAGUUUGCAGUGUGUAUUUAAUUGUAACAUCUGAAGUGUUUUUCAGAGUAUUCAGAUGACCCUGGUCAGUGUAGCCGGUGCCUCUGCUCACCUUUUUAGAAUGUGUUUGUUUAGUUGUGACAAUAUGGCCAAGCUGACGCUGAAGAGGCUUUCACCUGAGGAUGAGUAUCCAGACCUCAGUCAGCAUAACAACCACAUGUCCAAGGUCUUAACCUUGGACAUCUACAAGGAGCUGAGAGAGCGGGCUACACCCAACGGCUUCACCAUAGAUGGUGUCAUUCAGACAGGAGUUGAUAAUCCUGGCCACCCCUUCAUCAUGACUGUGGGCUGCGUCGCCGGAGACGAGGAGACAUACGAGGUCUUCAAGGAGCUGCUGGACCCCGUCAUCGAGGACAGGCAUGGAGGCUACAAACCCUCAGACAAGCACAAGACUGACAUCAACCCAGAUAACCUGAAGGGAGGUGACGACCUUGACUCAGACUACGUCCUGAGCUCUCGCGUGCGAACAGGCCGCAGCGUCCGUGGCUUCUGCCUGCCACCUCACUGCAGCCGAGGAGAGAGGCGUGCUGUGGAGCAGCUCUCCAUCGAGGCUCUGGACUCUCUGAGUGGAGACCUGCAGGGGAAGUACUACGCCCUGAAGAACAUGUCAGAUGCUGAGCAGCAGCAGCUCAUCGACGACCACUUCCUGUUUGACAAGCCAGUGUCUCCUCUGCUGCUGGCCUCCGGAAUGGGCCGUGACUGGCCCGACGCCAGGGGCAUCUGGCACAACGACAACAAGACCUUCCUUGUGUGGGUGAAUGAGGAGGACCAUCUGCGUGUUAUCUCCAUGCAGAAAGGUGGCAACAUGAAGGAAGUGUUCAACCGCUUCUGCACCGGACUCACCAAGAUUGAGACCCUGUUCAAGGAGAGGAAACAUGAAUUCAUGUGGAACGAGCACCUGGGCUACGUCCUCACCUGCCCAUCCAACCUGGGCACCGGUCUGCGUGCCGGUGUGCACGUGAAGCUGCCCAACUUGAGCAAAAAUGCCAAGUUUGAGGAUAUUCUCAAGAAGCUGAGGCUCCAGAAGCGUGGAACCGGUGGCGUGGACACAGCCGCUGUGGGCGGAGUGUUCGACAUCUCCAACGCCGACAGGCUGGGCUUCUCCGAGGUGGAGCUGGUGCAGAUGGUGGUGGAUGGCGUCAGGCUGAUGGUGGAGAUGGAGAAGAAGCUGGAGAAGGGCCAGUCCAUGGACGACAUCAUGCCCGCCCAGAAGUAAACACAUCCUGACGCCCAUAAACCUCACACGGCCCUCCCCCCCUGAAUGAUUGACUCUGUCCCUGAAUGCAUUCUGUAUCACAGUUUGGAUUUUGUUUGUGUAUUUAAAACCUGUGAGGAUGGCAAUGAAAUAAAAAAAUGUUCUGGUUCAAA